GAUUAGUCGGUUUUUAAACUCGCGAGGGGAUGUGUUGUUUAACAGUGUUGUCGUGUUUUUACGAUAAAUAAUUUUCGUCGCCGCAUGCCAAGAACCACAAUUUUGGAGUGGUUUGGGAAACAAUGGUAGAAACAGUGUUGUCUAGUGAAAUCACGCGCAGCCAGCAUGAGGAAGUCCAAAUCGCACGCCAAAACGCAAUCUUAUUCUUAUCUGGAUAAACCGAGAGCAAAACAUCGACGCGGAAUAUUAGACUCGUUAGUGAGUUCUUUAUCAACCUUUUUAUGGCCAGUGGCAAGCCCAUUUUCCCCAGCUCCUGCGCGGAGUUGGAUCGAAGCAACCUUCCACAAGAGGGAAUGUGCGAGGUUCAUAGCGCACACCAAAGAUGAACAAAAAUGUGGCUGUGGGCGUACUUUGGCACAACACAAAUACGAUACCGAGACUGUUGCCCAACUGGCAGGAGAAAUAUGGUUUCCCAGCAGAUGUACUGUUGCGUCGCCGACGGACGCCUAUGGAAUACUCGAAUUUCAAGGAGGACCACAUCCCUCCAAAGCUCAAUACAUCCGAGUGGCCCACGAUACGAAACCGGAACAUCUUAUGCAGCUUAUUACGAAGGAAUGGAACCUGGAACUUCCUAAAUUGCUCAUUUCCAUCCAAGGAGGGAAGGCUAACUUCGAAUUACAACCGAAACUGAAGAAAGUUUUACGCAAGGGCCUAUUGAAAGCAGCGCGGUCCACUGGUGCUUGGAUAUUCACUGGCGGCACGAAUACAGGCGUUACAAAACACAUCGGCGACGCACUGCUUCUCGAACGAUCUCAGAGGACAGGAAGGGUAAACACCCUAGGGAUUGCACCCUGGGGUAUUGUGGAAAAUAACCAAGAACUCAUAGGUCAUAACACGGAAGUGCCAUAUCACUCAAUAUCAUCGCCUAGGUCCAAGUUUGCAGCUUUAAAUAGUAGACACGCUUAUUUCCUACUAGUCGAUAAUGGGACUGUUGGAAAGUAUGGUGCGGAAAUAGUCUUGCGGCGAAGACUGGAAAAAUACAUAUCAAAACAGAGACUAUAUCCAUUUACCCAAAGUCCCAUACCAAUAGUCUGUUUAGUAAUAGAGGGGGGUACUAACACUAUCAGGGCUGUUUUAGAAUAUGUCACAGAUGAUCCUCCUGUGCCCAUUGUCGUGUGCGAUGGGUCAGGGCGAGCAGCCGACUUAAUUGCCUUCAUGUGCAAGUACGAAUUGUCGGUUCUCAAGUCCAUGAGAGAUUACAUUAUAGCUACAAUUACGAGAGCGUUUGAGGUUAAUCGAGAUUUAGCGGAGUGUUUAUACGGGGAACUGAUGCAGUGUGUUGAAAAUAAAAAUUUGAUAACCGUCUUUCGCAUAGCUGAUAAGUACGAUCAGAAACCGCAGGAACUUGACCAAACGAUUUUGACCGCCCUAUUUAAAUCCCAGCAUCUUUCGCCGACCGAACAGCUCAGCCUGGCUCUUACAUGGAACCGAGCAGAUAUAGCUCGAUCCGAAAUUUUUAUUUACGGUCAAGAGUGGCCACGUGGCGCUCUCGAAGACGCCAUGAUGAAAGCUCUAGAGCACGAUAGAUGCGAUUUCGUCAAAUUAUUAUUAGAGAACGGCGUUAGUAUGCGGAAAUUUUUAACGAUUCCUCGCUUAGAGAAUCUUUAUAACUCCAAAGAAGGUCCUAGCAAUACUUUACGGUACAUCCUGAGGGAUGUGAGGCCUCACAUUCCAGCCGGUUAUGUUUAUACUUUGCACGAUAUUGGGUUGGUGAUCAAUAAGUUGAUGGGGGGCGCCUACAGGGCUUUUUACACGAGGAGGAAAUUCCGGCCUAUUUACGCUAAAGUAAUGAACAAGGGGCAAAAUAUGCAACGAAACUCUACUUCAUUCGUAAAACAAUAUGGUAAUGCUAUGAGCUUAUUGGCUCAGGCACUUCCAUCCAACGCGAAUCCUUGCCUAUUUGAUUAUCCGUUUAACGAACUACUGAUAUGGGCUGUGCUAAUGAAAAGACAUAAAAUGGCACUCUUAAUGUGGCAACAUGGGGAGGAGGCGUUGGCCAAAGCUUUAGUAGGUUGUAAACUUUACAAAGCGAUGGCGCAUGAAGCUGCUGAGGAUGACAUGGAAACUGAGGUUUAUGAAGAAUUAAGAGCUUACGGGAAGGAAUUUGAAAAUAUAGCUCUGGAGGUUUUGGACUACUGCUACAGACAGGACGACGAUCAGACUCAACAACUCUUAACCUGUGAAUUACAGAACUGGUCAGGACAGACAUGUUUAAGCCUUGCGGUGGCUGCGAAUCAUCGAGCUCUUUUAGCUCAUCCUUGUUCCCAAAUUAUUCUUGCCGAUUUAUGGAUGGGGGGUUUACGUACAAGAAAGAAUACUAAUUUGAAGGUUAUUAUGGGACUGCUGUUCCCACCUUAUAUUUUAAAGUUAGAGUUUAAAUCCAAAGAAGAGCUGCAAUUGAUGCCACAAACAACAGAAGAACACAUGGAACUGGAGAAUGAAGACGACGACAAGUCAGAUUCGGACAAGAAUAUCGAUGGAGAACAAAAAGUGGUACGAAAACAUUAUAUUGAAUUUUACCCAAAAAAACGCACUAGAAGUUUGAGUAUGAGAAGCAAGUCUGCAAAUCCUCAAGGUGUAAAGGCCUUACUAACUGAGAAUUUUAUUCGUCGAGAGACUGUCGUACACGAAAACGGCAAAGUAUUAUCGGAUCCCGAAGACAAUAAAUACCACAUAUUCUUCACGGAUCUUCACCAAGAAAAGAUCCCCAGAAAUCGCGAGCUAAAAAUCAGUAAAAAGUUGUACGAAUUUUAUACGGCCCCCAUCACUAAAUUUUGGGCUAAUUCUAUUGCGUAUUUGAUAUUUUUGAUAAUAUUCAGUUACACUAUUUUGGUAAAAAUGACCGAAAUACCUUCGUGGCAGGAAUGGCUGGCUAUCGCUUUCUUAUGUACAUUUGGAUGUGAAAAACUGAGAGAACUCUUUUCGUCUGAACCUGUAGGAAUCAAACAAAAACUAGCCGUUUGGUGUUGGAACUUGUGGAACCCGUGUGAUAUGGCGGGCGUUUUAUUCUUUCUGAUUGGUGUCGCUCUGAGGUUUAGGUCCAGUACCUUCGAAGUCGGAAGAGUUUUUUAUUGCGUUAACAGUAUUUACUGGUAUUUGCACAUUCUUAACAUUCUCAGUGUGAACAAGUACUUAGGUCCUUUGGUUACAAUGAUGGGAAAAAUGGUAAAAAACAUGAUAUACUUCGUGGUUCUUUUAUUGAUAGUUUUAAUGAGCUUCGGAGUAACACGUCAAGCUAUUCUAUUUCCUAACCAUGAGGCAGACUGGGGAAUUGCUAGAGAUGUGUUUUUGGAACCAUAUUUCAUGUUGUACGGAGAAGUAUACGCGGAUAAAAUCGAUCCACCUUGUGGAGACGGAGAGGAUGAGAAACCGUGCCAAACUGGUCGUUGGGUUUCACCGCUGAUUAUGUCAAUCUAUCUAUUGGUGGCAAAUAUUUUAUUAAUUAAUCUACUGAUUGCGGUCUUCAAUAACAUAUUUAAUGAAGUCAACGCUGUCGCCCAUCAAGUGUGGAUGUUUCAGAGAUUCACGGUCGUUAUGGAGUACGAACAGAAACCACUACUUCCUCCACCAUUCAUCAUAUUUUGUCACAUUUACUUACUCUUUAAGUAUGUCAGACGGAAAAUGGAGGGGAAAGAAGAAAGUUACGACAAUGGGUUAAAAUUAUUUUUGGAUCGAGACGAAAUGGAGAGAUUGUAUGAUUUUGAAGAAGAUUGUGUUGAGGGCUAUUUCGCGGAACAAGAGUUUAAGUUGCAACAGUCGACUGAAGAACGCAUCAAGGUGACAACAGAACGGAUAGAACAUCUCACUCAGAAAGUAGAAGAUAUCAAUACAAAAGAAAACAUCCACACGACUGCCUUACAAAAUUUAGAGAUCAGAUGUCGACGUCUCGUCGAACAAAUGCAAGAAGUUUCCAACGACCUGGAUAAAAUUCGAUUAUCGAUGGAAAGCCAACCUCCGACGGCCGCGCCGUCGUUCGACGCGCCCUUUGUCCGCGAAAGAACAGUCAGUGAACCCGUGGAGUCUGUAAUAGAAGAUAUUCCUAAAGCCGCGACUGCACCGACAAAACGGAAGCCAAUAGUCAGAUCACUAACGGAAGUAAGACCAGACGCAUACAUAUUUGAUAAUGGACAACAUAUCGAGUAUAGAUACGACGAGGAGGAAGAGUGCAACGAAGAAAUGGAAGGUUUACCUAAAUCAGAGAGCGAACAGCCGCUCACACUCGAGAGGCAAAGAACCAGGAGCACGGACUCAAAAACUUCAAACGACUCCGCCGAAGUUUCAGCGGAUGAUUUGGGUGCUUUAAGUUUGGAAGUUUUACGCAACUGGGCGAUUCAGAAGAGGAAAGAUUCGACGGGAACGGGGCGACGCAGCUCAGAUAGCGGAAAUGCAUGUGAAAAACUCCUACAACAUUUUUCACCACAAAGCCUAUGUUUCUACCACUAUUACAGGAAAGAGGGAGAAGAGUCGGCCCAUGGAAGCAAACGCAGCUUAAACAAACGGCAACUUUCCCAUACUCAUUCAGAACCCGAAACAAGCGAUCCUCCUCCGACUGCCACCCAUCCGACGCGUCCCGUUUUGGAGCGUAGUGUCACGUUCACCGAACCGAGAAUCAAAGUCAUACCUCCAAACCUCGCAGGUGGUAGUAACCGUACAGCAAUGCUAAUGCACAUGCAUACAGAAUACACAAGCAUCACCGACGAACUUGAGAGCGUGUGCGGCCUGCUUAGCCCUCCUAGGUCGCCAGGGCUGUUAUCUCCUCCGCGACCAGAACAAUCACCUCCAAGUCAACGUAGACGCCAUCCAUCAGAAAUGUCCAAUCCAGAAAUAGCUAUCAAUUUUGAAAAAGAACAUCUACGAAGCGCCGAGGAAUGCGAUUACAUGGUAAUGGAAAAUCUCAUCCAGAGACGUUAUGAGGAAGAAGAUGAAGAUGGUGAACACACUCCUGUUAAUUCAGACUUACUCAGCGUUGUUGCCGAAACCCGUGAAUUUCGAAUCAGUACUAUUGGGUCGCGGCCCUUAGUACGAUCCAGUGCUAUAGAAAAUGACGUUCAACCUCAAACAGGUAACGAUUCGGCCGAACCUGGAGACCGCCAAGAUUCUGUUGAAUCCACUGACAUGGCAACAGCUCUUUUGAACCAACUAGCUAUGCCUCAAAGACCCUCAAUAGUCAUGGACUCGUCACAGCUACCUAUCCAAAGAGAAGUUCAAAAGGCUGAUUCUACAAAUAGUCUUCAUAUGCAAUCGGAGACUAUGUGUUAAUUCUAUUCGUCUUUCGGUGUCUUUCUUCACGUAAACUUCACUCUAAAUAGCGAAUGGUCACGCGUAAGGUAUUCAUAUCACUACUGCACUUUCUUUUGUACUGUUUGCCUACUUGUAAUAACAAUUUUAUAAUGGUAUAUACACUGUGUCCAACUCAUUGUACGUAAGGCAACGUAGAGUCAAGCAGGAGUAGAUUGUAGGCUAGUAAAAAACCAGUAAAAAUUCGUAACAAUGAAAUUGGGUGCAUUAAAUCCAGUGCUAAAAAAAAUUUGUAGACACUAAUAAUUUUCAAUGUUCUUAUUUUUUUUUAUCGUUCCUGACCUAUUAUUUGCCAAAGAUAUUAACUUUGAUAAACUCUGAAUUUAUUAAUGUAAUUAUUUUAAAUUGUACAGAUAAUCCCGAUCUUCCUAAAUAAUGUAAACAAUAAUGUGAAUUUUUAAUUUGUGAAACUCAUUUGCUAAAAAUUGUGAUCAUUUGCACUGAAUGAAACAGCAUCUCAGUAAAAUUAUGUCAUUUUGUCUAUUUAACCAGUGCAAAUGUUCAGUAGCGGCAUUUAAGUAGUGUGUUCUGGUUAAUACUUCAGAACUUUUAAAUGUGUUUGUGUUCCGUAGAUAAUUCCAUUAAACUUAGCUUAGUUACAAUUAUCCAAAAUUAUUCGUAUUAGUAGUUAUAGUGCUUAGUUGACCUUAGAAUUCAAAUUUCUUGUGAAACGAUUAACACAUUGGAUUUAGAAAGUUAUACACAAAUCGCACUUUUUUUAAUUUUAAUGACAAACCAACCGGGUGAAAACUUGGCUACUUUUUACAAAGUAUACACAAUUUUGUUGUAUAAAUUUACGUACAAGUCAUGCAGCUAAUUUUAUCGAUAUUUCAUUAAUGUAAAACUAGCGUUUUUUUUUUUUAAUUACUACUACAAAAAAGUAGUAUGUCGUAAAGAUUAUUUUAUAGAUAAAACAGAUAGAUAAUGCUACAAUUUUAAUUUAUAACAUUCUAAAAUUAAUUUUAAUAUUACCAGUAAUACAAUAUCUCGUAUCUGACAGUCUUUCAAAAAACGGUACAGUUGGGAGCACGAAAUAUUUUAUGCGUUAAUUUUCCUAGUUUAAUUGUAUAAAAAGUCAGGCGUACAUGGAUGUAAGUAAUUAGCCAACUGAGAUAACUAGAAGCAUUAACUAUGCCGUGCUCCCAGUUGUACCAGCAAUACCUCCAACAUCUUAACCUAACUUUUCACUUGAUAGUGAAGCUUGAUAAUUGAAUUUCAAUUAUUCGUCAAUUUGUUGUUUGAAUAUAUAUAGUGUAUUUUGCAAUUUCUGAUUUCUAAAAACUUUCUUUAUUUCCCACUGAAACAAUUGUAGUUUCCCGGCUAUUGUAACAUUACAAAAUUUAAAUUCGUGUUAAUAUAAUUUCUGGUUAAACCGAAAAAGGCACUGCCAAUUUUAUCACACACUUAAAAUACCUUUUUAAUCGCUUUACAUAUUUUUUUAUGUACAAAGUCUUGAGUAACGUGAACGUUCUCGAUUAAAAUGAUCCAGCCUAUAUUUAUAAGCAGAGUUAAAAAUAAGUGUUGUUCUAAGAAUUGUAAAUACUUGAAUUAACGAGUUGUAAAUUAGUUCAGCGUUCGAAGUUAACUCAAUACUGCAGAAUUAAUUAAUUUAAAAUAAAUAAUUUAAUUGUUAAAUUAAUUAAUGAACAUGAAACUAAAUGAAUUAAGAUCACGCCUGUUUCGUUAUCAAGUUAAAUUCGAUUAAUUUUUUUAUCACGGGACGUGCAACCUUAAAAAGGAUGUUUGCAACCAUUUUUUAUUUCUUCUCAAUGGUAGGUAGCUAUGGCAUUCUUAUAAUUUUCAUGAUAAAUUAUAAAAAUGUCAUUAACUACAGUUAACACCCUAAAGCAAAUACUUCUAAAUGCAUUGUGUUGUUAAUCGUUUUUCAUAAUUAAAAUUUCAAGAGUAAAAAAACACCAAGUAAUCGGAAAUUAUAUUUUUGCUAACAAUUAGAUAGAAACUAAAGAAAAAUGAGUAUCACUCAUUCAUCUCAUCUCUUUUCUUUUCUUGUGAAAUAUUAGUUAUUAUAUAUUCAAACGAUUUCACUCGUGUAUUAAUUUUUUUUCUCUUUAAUAAACAUGAUAAAUAAUUCAGAAUUUCGCAAGGAUUGAAAUUGUAGGAACUGGGGUCAACUGUGCUUCAACUAAGUAACUUUUAUUCUCAUGAUUGUGAUAUUUUAAAAAAUCUAGAUUUCUUUAAUUUAAACGAACUUUCGUAAAUACAAUCGACAAUAUCAAUAGUCGCAACUAAAAUAUAAAAUUUCCCUUGAGAACGUUCUUACCAUUUAUCAGACCAAAUAAACUUCACGCAGUCGAUUUUAUAUUUAAGAUGCGACGCUGUAGUCUUUAAAGGUGUAAAAACUUUUGUUUCUUGGAAUCUGUACAUAGAGAUGGGGAGUAAUUUUAUAAUGUAAAUCUAUGGAACAAUCAAAAUCCCCGAUCUUUUUUAACCGAGGUUUGUACAUACAGUCAUUGAUAUUAUCAGUAGCUCAAAAUGUAGUGCUCAAAUUUGGUGAUUACAGCAAUAUUUUUUAUUUUUAAACUCUAGUGUGUCUCCUGUAAUUCUAAGAACUAUCUGUGUAAUAAUGCGUAACAACCCCAUAAAAUUAAUAAUGUAGUCAAGAGUUUUUAACCUACGUCUAUGUUUAAGAAAAUAAACACAGAUUUUUUUAAGAACAUAUCAGCGUUAUAUAAAUAACUGGAAUUUUACGAUUGUGUAAGUUUAUGUUACCAAAAACUGUAAUUGUUUGUUUGACAAGUCACACAAAAUAAACGAAGUGGUGUUAA